AAAGCCCCCAACAACCACCUGCAUCGGCCGAAUGCUGGUGCCGUUCGUGCGCGGUGCGGUGCCCAAUCACCCCUUAUGUGCAACCAAAAGGUAGUGGCAUCUGUGCGGGGCCACAUGUCCGAUCAUAUAUGUAUAUAUGUGUGCAGCGUCCUGUGCCUGCAUUGCACUGCUCAGAGCAACACAUUGAACACACGCAAAUUAUUAGGGAAGAAGAGGCAUGGAGAGGGAGAUUGGUGGUGCAGAGUAUGAACUGAACGAGAUCGAUGGCGCGUUGCAUGGCUCUGUUGGGAGCAGGCUCUCCCUCUUCGCGAGGGAGUUCAAGUGGCCAAGCAGCAGCAGCGCCUUGAGGCUCCCCAGCAAUUGCUAUGGCAGCAGCUUCGUCAUCGACCCCAAUGGAAGAUGGUACAGGAUGUGGUCGAACAUGAUGUUCCUGUGGUCCAUCUACUCCGUCUUCUACACCCCCUUCGCAUUCUGCUUCUUCCGGGGCAUCCCCGAGCACCUGCUGGACCUCGAGUGCGUGCAGCUCAUCUUCCUCGCCGACGUCGCCGUCCACUUCUACCUCGCCUACCGGGACCCUCACACCCACCGGGUGGUCUACGACCAGCAGAGGAUCGCGCUACGCUACAUCAAGGGCAGCUUCGCCCUCGAUAUGCUCGGAUGCUUCCCCUGGGACGCCGUCUACAAGUUUACGGGGAGGAUGGAGGUGGUGAGGUACCUGGUGUGGCUGCGGCUGUACAGGGCGAGGAAGAUCCAGGGCUUCUUCAAGAAGAUGGAGAAGGACAUCCGCAUCAGCUACCUCUUCACGCGGAUCGUCAAGCUUGCCACCGUGGAGCUCUACUGCACGCACACCGCAGCCUGCGUCUUUUACUACCUCGCCACCACGCUGCCCCCGGCGCGCGAGGGGGGCACCUGGAUCGGGAGCCUCACCAUGGGCGACCAGAGCUACAUCAACUUCAGGAAGGUCGACGUGCUCACCCGUUACAUCACCUCCCUCUACCUCGCCAUCGUCACUAUGGCCACAGUCGGCUAUGGUGAUGUCCAUGCGGUGAACCCGAGGGAGAUGGUGUUCAUCGUGGUGUACGUCUCCUUCAGCAUGCUGCUCGGCGCCUACCUCAUCGGGAACAUGACGGCGCUCAUCGUCAAGGGGUCCAGGACCGAGCGCUUCCGCGACAAGAUGACGGAGCUCAUCAGGUACAUGAACAGGAACCGGCUGGGCAGCGACAUCAGCUCCCAGGUGAAGGCGCACCUGCUGCUGCAGUACGAGAGCAGCUACAAGAGAGACAGGAUCGUAGACGACAUACCGGCCGCGGUCCGAUCCAAGCAUUUUGUUUUGCACAUCUCCCAGACACUGUACCUGGAAACGGUCUCAAAUGUGCACCUGUUCAGAGGAUGCUCAGAAGACUUCCUGAGCCAGAUUGUGGUUAAAAUACAGGAGGAAUUCUUCCUCCCUGGGGAAGUUAUUUUGGAGCAAGGCACUGUGGUGGAUCAGAUAUACAUUGUGGCACAUGGAUGUCUGCAAGAGAUCGGUGCCGUCGGAGAAGGCGGAUCAGAAGAGAUCGUCUCAGAGCUGCUGCCUUACGACAUAGUCGGGGACGUUGCAGUGAUCUGCAACACUCGACAGCCAUACACAGUUAGAGUCAGUGAACUCUGCAGCCUCUUGAGAAUUGACAAGCAGUCCCUGACCAGCACCUUGCAAAUGUACCUCAAGGAUAGUCGUCAGAUACUGAGCAACCUACUCAAGGGGAAACAAACAGAGUCAAAGGGGAAGCAACUGGAAUCAGAUAUCACAUACCUGAUAGCCAAGCAAGAAGCUGACCUUGUCCUUGGAGUCAACAAUGCUGCCUACCAUGGAGACUUGCUUCGGUUGAAAGGCUUGAUCGGUGCAGGAGCAGAUCCGAGUAAACCGGAUUACGACGGGAGGACCUCCUUGCAUGUGGCAGCAUCAAGAGGAUACGAAGACAUCGUCAGGUUCCUCAUCAAGCGAGGAGCAAACGUCAACAGCAUAGAUAAGUCUGGGAAGUCGCCGCUGCUGCAAGCGGUGAAAUCAGGGCACGAGAGGAUCAUCUCGGUCCUGGUGGCGCACGGCGCGGCGCUGAACCUGGAGGACGCAGGAGGGUACCUGUGCAGGGUGGUCGCCCAGGGCAAGAUCGACCUGCUGAGGAGGCUGCUCAGCUUCGGCAUCGACCCCAACUGCAGGAACUACGACCGGAGGACGCCGCUCCACGUCGCCGCUAGCGAGGGCCUGCACCUCGUCGCCGGGAUGCUGGUGGAGUUCGGGGCUGACCUUGCGGCUACGGACAGGUGGGGCAACACCCCACUCGACGAAGCACGACGGUGCGGCUGCAAGCCGCUGGUGAGGAUCCUGGAGCAUGCUAGAGCUGCUGCUGCUGCUGCUGCUGCAGCCAAUCAGUGAUUAGGUUCAUCAAUCCAUUUGGUUGGGAGGACAUCAGUAGACUGUAGUAGCUCAUGUAGGCUAUGGGUAGGAACUAUUAUUAUUGGUAAUGCGAUAUUCUUUCUGGGGGCAA